AAAACAAUAUACUAUUAUAAGUAACUUAAAAACUAACAAAAAAAAAUAUUAUAAAUUAUAAAGUAUUAUACGGUAUAUAAUAACAAUAAAAAUAGAUAAAAAAUGUCCGAUGACUAUGACUAUUAUGGCGACAACGAUAACGAUAGUACUGGCGAUUUAGCCAUCGAUACUAUAUCAGAGGUACCGAUGCCUAUGUCUGGCAAAGAACUACAAGAGCUGACUCCCGACAAAAUGGCCGCCUAUGAAGACAACUACGAGUUGGCCAUUAGGAAACAGACUGUAAAUUUUGGUCAUCAACUGCAACAUUGCGAAACUAUUGUUACCGCUGCCUAUAAAGUGGCCGAUUAUGUGCCGGAAAUUAAAAAUGCCGAACAAAGCAAGUUCUGGAAAGAAACUCUUAUUCCUAUUUUGGUGGACAGCCUAAAACAGGAUGUAUUGGCCCGAUCGACAAUAACGGCUAGUUUUGCAGCCGUACGCGACUUAACUAUUACUAUACAGAAAGCCUACGAGAUUGUUAAGGCUAGCAAAGGCAGUCAGACAGCCAUAGCAAUUGCCCAGAAAAACAUACCGAAAGCAUUGAACCGUUUGGACGAUUGUAUCGAAAGGGCUAAUAAAUUAGAUUCAAAUGCUAUCACUAUAUUCGGUGAACAGACAACUGAAAUCUUUAAGAUCAUUGGUCCGGAAGCGGCAAAGUUUAUGGAAAAUAAGGUCAUAAAACAACAACAAAUUAAAAAAUAUUUUGAAGAUAAAAAUAAUUUAAUUUAUCCAAUCGCACAGUUAAAUGGCGAUAUUGAAAAAUAUAAUCAUCUAAUCAAUGCAACCAACAAAUACUUGGGUCGGGUUGAGUCGGAAUUGGAUGAAACUAAACGCCGUACUGAGGAAAUGUAUCGAUUGAAAAGGGAUGCCCAGGAGUCCAUCAAAAAUAUACCGGACACUAUUAAAGUUGCUAAACAACAAACUGAAUCAUUUAGUUUUUGGGGUAUAAGAUGGUGGUCAGAAACUAAAACUAAAUAUGUUGAUGAACAUAAUCCGCAUAAAGAGUCCGAUUUGAAACACUAUGAAAAUGCUGUCCGCGUUCACGCCGAUCAAGUAAAGGCUAACCAGUCCGUAGAAACCGGUAAACAGUUGGCAAUGGAAAAACUGUCCGCAGAUAAGGCCAACUAUGAGAGACAAUUAAAGGAAACAGUUAUAAAAUUGCAAGAUUUGAAUAAACAAUUACCAAUUCAAGUGGAAAAUAUUGAUAAACAAAUUAAUAAAUUGUAUAAAGAGAUCGAUGAUAUAGAUAGGGAUGCGUUGGAAGCGUACAGUAAGUAUGGACUACAGGGCAAUACAUUAGUAGACUGUUUGAUAAGUGUCCGAACAUUUGCUAAAGCUAUUAAACCUGGAGCGUCGGCAUAUUCGCCCCUAUACUCUAUAUUAACCGGAAUUAAAUCGAUAGUUGAAUCCUAUGUUGACUAUUUGAGCAUGGGCACAAAAAAAUAUGAAAUAUUUAUGGCUGGCGAAAUGUUGAUGCGCCAGGUUGAAUUUCUAUCACAAUAUAAUGUUAUGGCUAUUGAUAUAUUUGCACCGUCCGAUCAAUACAAGGAACAAUCAAAAGGUUUGGACAGCAAAAUGAAUCUGGCUAUUACUGAAACCUAG